GCAAUAGCUUAACUUUUGAUUCGAUUUUGUAAUUGUCAUUUACCAAAACAUUCCGCGGACAAAUUUGAAUAAAUAUUUUAUCAUAUUAUCAAAACCUCUACGAAAUUAUUCAAUUUAUAAUGCGCUAUUAUUCGCAUAUUCAUUUAUAGUUUAUAUGCUUAUACGCAUUGUAACACAUUAUAGGCAUAGAGGAGAUGCACACACAGUGUCAGUAUCUAUACCGUUGCCAGCGGACGAAGGAACUCAGCGAGAAAUUGACGAAAAUCGAUCCGGAAAAAUUAUAGAAAAACUGCGCGUGAUUGGAAAAUAUAGCAAAACUUAUUAACCUGUUAACCGGGGAAACCCUUUUCUAAUUACGCAACAUAUAACGGGCGCGUCCUUUUCUACUAAGACGUGUAUGAAUGACGUAUUACCAAAGUAGUAGCAAAAUAUACGUCCCGCCCGUUCCAGGGCGCUAUAUAAAUAUCGAGGACUUAUUCAUAUGUCCUACCCGUACUUAUUGUUGUUUACUUUGGACGUAUUUAUACGUCCCGCUCGGUUAACAGGCCACGCUUACACUGUGCGUUGAAGUCAUAACAAAACAAGUCUCACACGAUCUUGAACAUUUAAAAGUUUCUCACUCAACCUUCUGCUUGCCAGAGAUAACUUUGAUUUUACAUUUGAACCUAUUUUCCACCAUAAUGUCGUCGGCGAUGUAUAAUAAUAACGAGAGCGCUAUAAUCGAUCCAAGUGGCGCACAAUACGAAUUACCUGCAUUGUCCGAAAAUUUAGAGUUUUGGAUGACUCGACUACCUCCAAAAUUGAAAGCUCUUCCUAUUAUACAACUAGCUAUUCCAGGUUCCCACAAUACCAUGACAUACACAAUCGAGAAAAAUAACGAUAUUGGACCCGACGAGCCUGUGCCGAUACGUAACAUUGGACGUCGCCUUUCAAUUGUCAUUAAGCCCAUCAUUUUUAAUUGGUCGAUUAAUCAGGAGGAAAAUGUGAAAGAUCAACUCGAUGGUGGAAUACGUUACUUGGAUUUACGUGUCGCAACUAAGCCAGGCGAUAACAACAUUUACUUUUUACAUGGGCUUUAUGGAGAUAACAUCAGCCAGCCACUGCACAUCGUCAAUGAAUGGCUCAACCAACAUCCGAAUGAAGUGAUCAUAGUGGAUUUCCAACAUUUUUACAAUUUCGAUGAAGCCAAUCAUCGCAGCUUGAUUAAUCAAAUAAAAUUCAUAUUUCGCGGUAAAAUGUGCCCUGUCUACAACAAGUUUGACAACAUUACUCUACAGUGGCUGAGCUUACAAAAAUAUCAAGUGUUUGUUGUAUACCGAAAUGCUAUUGCUCAAUAUUACACUGAUCUUUGGCCUGGUGGCUUAUGGCCAACUCCUUGGCCAGAAACAGUUGAUUCUACCAAGCUCGUUAAUUUUUUGAAUAACGGUCUUCAGAAGCGAUCUCGAGAUGCUGGAUAUGUUUCUCAGUGCUUAUUAACUCCUACAAAAACCUACGUUACGAAACAUAUCUGCGGGAAUCUUCGUCGUAAUUUAACGCCAGUUUGCCGCAGUGUCACAAUGCCAUGGGUGGAACAACAUUCUCCUGGAAAUGGAGGGAUGAACAUUGUCAUCACUGAUUUUGUAACUUAUGAUAACUUUUCAUUUUCAAGAAAAGUCAUUCAACGUAAUGAAACGCUUCUUCAAUCAUAAAAAU